AUGGGGAAAUCCAAAUGGCGAUGGGGUGUCAUCUUGGACGCUGGCUCCUCCGGGACGCGUCUGCACAUAUACCGAUGGGAAGAUCCCGCCAAGGCGAUCAAGGACGCUGAUGACGACGAGCUACGCAGCUUGCCCCAGAUCAAGACCAAGAAGAAGUGGACCGAGAAGAAGCGACCGGGCAUCUCGACCUUCGGAGACAACCCAGAGGAUGUGGGCGACUACUUACAGUCUCUGGUCGAGAAGGCUGUCGAGCAGAUUCCAGAGGAGAAACACGCAGACACCCCGAUCUUCUUGAUGGCCACGGCCGGCAUGCGUCUGCUCCCACCGCUAAAGCAACGCGCCGUGCUGUCCGAGGUCUGCACCUACUUCCGCCAGAACACGCGCUUCUCGCUCCCAGACUGUGACAGGCACAUCCAGGUCAUCCCCGGCGACGUCGAGGGCCUGUACGGCUGGAUCGCCGCCAACUAUCUAUUGGGAGGGUUUGACGAUGCCGAGGGCCACGCUCACGGCAAGGGACACCACACCUACGGCUUCCUCGACAUGGGUGGCGCAUCGGCCCAGAUUGCAUUUGCUCCCAACAGCACUGAAGCCGAGAAGCACGCAGACGAUCUCAAGCUCCUCCGCAUGCGGACCAUGAACGGUGCCGCUUCGGAAUACAAGGUCUUUACCACCACCUGGCUCGGCUACGGAGUCAAUCAAGCCCGCCAGCGUUAUGUGCAGAAACUGGUCGACUCUUACCUGAUCGAGGGACAGCAUGAGGUUCCGGACCCCUGCAUGCCCAUAGGCUUGCGGACGACCGAGGACGGCGAACCCAUCAAAGGCGCUUCCGACAAACUGGAACUCGUCGGAACCGGCGAUUUCGCCGGCUGUCUCAGGAUGACCAAGCCUCUGCUCGGGAAGGAUGUACCUUGUAAGGAUGAGCCAUGUCUGCUCAACGGACAGCACGUCCCCGGCAUCGAUUUCGACGUGAACCACUUCGUCGGAGUGUCGGAGUACUGGCACACAACGCAUGGCGUGUUUGCGGAAAAGGGCGAAAAGGUGUACGAUUAUAAUACGUAUCAAAAGAAGGUGGAGGACUUCUGCUCCCAAGAGUGGAGUGAAAUCGAAGCCCUCCAAAGUCGAAAGAAGGACCAUUCGAAAGACGCGCAAGAAGCUUGCUUCAAGGCUUCGUGGCUUAUCAACGUUCUCCACGAUGGGAUAGGAAUACCGCGCGUUGGUAUAGAACAUACGCCCUCUCCGGAUAUCAACAUCACGAAGGGCAUUGGAGAAGCCGCCAAGGAGAAGGGUUUCUUGGACGCCUUCCAAGCCGUCGACAAAAUCGACGACAUUGAAGUGAGCUGGACCUUGGGACCCAUGGUGCUCUACGCUGCUGGCCAAGUGCCGCCAAUCGACGGAACAGACAAACACCCGGUGGGCUUUGGAAGCAAUGUGAAGGGCAUCCCUGACGAUUUCCAAUUUGCUGGGUCCAACUGGACAGCGCUGUCUCUGACUGGCGACGAUGAUUGGGAUGACCUAGCCGAGGAUCUGGUGGACCAUGUCAAAGCAAAGUCCAGUUCUGGAUUGCUGCUGUUUGUCUUGAUCAUUGUACUUCUUGGUUACCUCUUCCGCCGGCGUGAUAGGAGAAUGCGUCUGUACGGCAAGGUGAACUCUUUGCUCCGGCCCCAUCCUCGCCGGCCAGGCAGCCCACGCAAGGGCGGUCGUGGCCUGUCAGCGCUUACGAGUAAGCUCUUCGGUCGUAACUCUCACACCUACGAGCGAAUUAUAGAAGAAGGCGACGCAGCCCAGUUUGAACUGGGCGAGGUCGAAUCUGACGAAGGCGACCAUUCCGACAGCACGAGCGGAACACGUCAGGGACGAACAUCUGGUCUGGCCACACCUAAGCUCAAUAUGAUGGGAUCCUUUGACGAUCUCACCAAGUCAGCUCACAUCGGCAGUGCUCUGGACCGAAGCGGACUGGUGGUGCGCACAGAAAGCCGAGAACGGCUUACACCGCACUUGGGUGCAGGAAGAAGUCGAAGUCGGGCUGGUAGUCCUACGAGAUUAAAAAGCCCCUUGAUGAGUCCACUGAACGAGGACUAA